AUGUAUGAUGUUCGUGGCUUGUCUGACACUAAGUGGGUGUCAGAUGAGUUGGAUAGUGGUCCAGACAGUGAGGACGAUGAUGAUUCCAUUCGGAGAACUUUGUUUCCCACAUUUAGCAUGCCUAAAAGUUUGACGGAUUAUAAAUGGGAAGUGGGAACCUAUUUCACUGAGAAAAAGGAAUUUACAGAAUCCAUUGGGACUUAUGCAUUAAGUAAUGGAAGAAAUUUGAAAUUCAUGAAGAAUGACAAAAGGAGGGUUGCUGUAAAAUGUUUGGGGAGCCAGGGUAAAUGCAAAUGGUAUGUUUAUUGUGCCUACAGGUCAGCUGCCAAGUCAUGGCAGCUAAGAAAAGUUAUUGAUGAUCAUAGCUGUAGUACAGUUUGUAAUGUGAAGUUGAUGACUUCUAAGUGGUUGAGUCAAAGGAUGGAAAAAUCUGUCAGAGAGAACCCUAAUAUGAAGGUGAUGGACAUUAGGGACAAAGUAAGUAGGAAAUGGAAUGUAGGAAUCUCUAGAAAUAUGGCUUUUAGGGCAAGAGCCAUGGUAAAAGAUAAUGUUGAGGGGUCAUUCAAGGAACAAUAUAGAAGAAUCUAUGAUUAUGGUCAUGAACUUCUGAGAGCAAAUCCAGGUUCAACAGUCAAAAUAAAGGUUGAAAAUAGUAAUGAAGAGUGUAUAUUCAAUAGAAUUUAUGUAUGCUUGAAAGCAUUCAAAGAUAACUUCGUUAGUUGUAGACCCAUCAUUGGAUUAGAUGGAUGCUUUUUGAAAGGCAAGUAUGGAGGGGAGUUACUAACAGCAGUUGGAAGAGAUGGAAAUGAACAAAUUCUUCCCAUUGCAUAUGUUGUUGUUGAGACCUUGGUGGGGAAGUUGUUUGUGGAGCAUGUACAUUUAUUUCAGACCAACAAAAAGGGACUUUUGCCAACAAUUCAAGAUCUUCUACCUGGGGUAGACCAAAGAUUUUGUGUUAGACAUUUGUAUUCCAACUUUAGAAAGAAAUUUCCUGAAAAAGACCUUAAACGUAUGAUGUGGAGGGUAGCAAUAACCACAUAUCCACAACUAUGGGAGGCUGAAAUGAGAAAAACUAAAGAGAUAAAUGUAGGCGCAUUUAAAUACUUGAUUGCAAUUCCACCUAGGUUUUGGUCAAGAUCUAGAUUCAGUCCUAGAUCACAAUCUAACACUCUUGUCAACAAUAUGUGUGAGGGGUUCAACAGUGUGCUAGUUAGUAGUAGGUGUAAGCCACCUAUCAAUAUGUUAGAACAUUAG